UACAAUAAUCAUAUUACAAAGAUGGCGACGUCCAUAAGUAAUUGUAUCGACAAAAACAAUGAACAGACUUUACAUCUUAUUUCGACGCAGUUCUUUCAAAUGGUUCCUGUUAGACGGAUCCAGUGGGGAGAAAAAUCCCUUUGUCUUGGGAAUAUAGGGAUUGAGGAUCAACAAGCUGUGCUUGAGGCAACUGUCUCCAGCACCCUAUGUAAUAAGUACCCAACAUCUCUAAGCUAUCGGAGGGCGUUUGUGAAAUACCUGAUUCAAAAGCUUGAGGACAGUGACGUUGAGCUCUGUGAUGAGAUCUACGAGUUGUACACCGAUCUUCUUCAGGAAACGGAAGAAGAAGAGGACAGUCUCUGUUACAAGUCAUACUUCUUGCCCAACAAGGAAAUAGUGAAUCUCCAAGAGUCUGUGCACAUCAUCUCACAGGGUACUACAGGACUUAGCACCUGGCAGGCUGCCCUGCAUUUAUCAGAAUGGUGUUUUGAACAGGAAUCUCUACUUAAAAACAAGAAUGUGUUGGAGCUUGGCAGUGGACUUGGUUUUCUUGGAGUAGCAUUAUGUAAACAGUGUAAGCUAGACUCCUUCACUUUUAGUGACUUUCAUCCACAAGUCUUAUUCCUUCUGAUGAAAAACAUUGAAAUCAAUUUCCUGAAUGAACAAUAUUCUUUGGAAUGUCCUACUUUUCUGGAAAACAGUGAGUGCAAAGACAGGAAAAUGUUGAAAAAGAUCAAAAGACAACUGAGUGUGAGCAAAGAAUUGGUGAUGGAGGAUAGUUGUGAAAUCAUGCAGAUCAGCUACAAUUCCAUGGUGUCAUCAACAGACACCAUGGAAAGGGAAGUUGAUGAACAGGAAGUAGGUUCAGAGCAGGAAGAGGAAGUGAGUAACAGUAAUGACCAUUUCCUUUCCUCCAACUCCCAUUGGUCACCACUGAACAAUUCUAAUGUAUACACUCUGAACCACAGUGAUUCAAUCAGACUAAUGAAGUUUAAUUGGGAGUUCUGUAAUCAGAAAGAUUUGUGCGAGAUUCAGCCAGAUGUCAUACUUGCUGCAGAUGUGGUUUAUGAUAAAUCGAUCAUUCCAUUCCUAGUACAGGUGUUGUAUCAGUUUUUGUCAGGUACUUUUGGGUCUUGGCCGGUGGCAUACAUUGCCUCCACUGUAAGAAAUGAAGACACAAGAGACCAUUUUCUAGUGGCACUGGGCAAUAAAGGGCUUCGGUAUGAAAUAUUGGAUCCACCCUCUGAAAAAAUCUUUCAUUAUGAUGACAUCAUUCCAAUUGAAAUAUUGAGAGUAUGGCACCCUAGUAAUAAGACACUCUAAAAUUGAUAUGUUUUUAUCUAUGUGCUCAAACAUCCAGAAAUAUUUUCUUUAUAAAAAUCUGACAUGUUUUUUAGUAGACAAGCUUUAGAUCAUAAUGCUUGUUUGUUUUUUUUCUAUCCUUCAGAGAUAUGAUUUAUUAACAGUUCAUCAAUAAGAUUGAUAUUUGUAAACAACUUUGUGAUAUUGACUGUAAUUAAUUAGAAUUAUUUGGGGUUGUAAAUUGAUGCUGGCAUUUGAACAUAUAUACAUAUGAAAAAAUAAAAUCAAGAGCACUCAAGGAUGAUUUUCUUGAUUCGACAGCUAGUUUCCAUCACAUGUAUUCAAAGUCAUAUCAACAUCAUGAGAAAUACAUAUAGAAGACAACAAUUUUUUUUUUGUGCCAAGUUGAUGUUCACAAAGAUUUUUUAUAUUGAAAAUUGCUAGUCAUAUUUGUUUAUUUUUGUUGUUGUUGCCUUUUUUGAAUAUCGUUAAGUUUAUAUCUUUUCAUUAGUACAGUGUAUUAAGAAUUUUAAAAGUCGCUGUUUAUUAGGAAUUUUUUAUAAAAUUUGUAAUACUGCCUGUACAUUUUGUAUAUGCAUUAUUUGGUAAAUUCCAACUCUAUGAGUCCAGAAUGAUAGUUAAUUGGUCUACAAGAUCAUAUUCAAACUUACAAGAUAUGUGUGUAUUUAAUUAUCAAAUUUGAGAUUAAAGACAGUAAAUAUAUCACUUAUAUUCCGAAAUUUUUGAAUACAAGUCUGUAAAAUUGCCCUGACUCCUGAGUCUCAUAUUAUUUUUCUGGCAGUUAACUUUAUAAAAUUAUAAUGGAAGUUUGAUGCUGAUGAUUUUAUUUUCUCAAGAUUAGAUAAAAAACAAAGGAAUUAAUUAAGUACUCGUGUUAAAUAUGGAAUCUACAGCAUAUACAUGUUGUAUAAUGAAUUAGGCAUACAUGUACUUCAAAAAGUAAAAUCUUACACUGAAGAGAAAGACCAAAUCUUAUACUUAAAUCUCUUCACUAAAACAGUUUCUCUGACCCUAUUACUUUAAUAUUUUGUUUUAGAAAAUUAGACUUUUUCAAUGGAAUUAAGGAUUCUGAAAAGAGAAAAUUAAUGUUGAUGAGUGUUUUAGCCAAAGAACUUGUUAAAUUAAAUGAUGAAAGCUUCUAUAUAAUUUUAUAAUGCUAAUAGAUUCAUUGUACUGUAAUAUAUUUUACUUGUAUCAACGGGCAUACUUAGAAACUUGUAAAUGGAGCAGGGAUUUGAACUGAAUUGUAUUUUCUAUGUGCUUAAAUGCACAUUUUAAUUUUUUUCGUCUUAUAUUUAGAUUAGCUUACCAUAUACAAUAUACAUGUAUGGAAGUGAAGAAAGAUAAAUCACUGUAAUAAAAUUUGCCACAUUUUC